AUGAACUCGUGGUACCGAAACACCUCUCCCCUGCCCAGUCCCUUGCCGGCCUUGGCGGCCUUGCCAAACGCCCUGCGCCCGCUGAACCCCUCGACGGCCAUGUCAAUCUCCCUCUCCGUCAGACGACGCCCGCCCGCGUCCGGCGCCGUGUGCAGCAGCGCGUCCUUGAGCUCGGCGAGAUCGAUCUGGCCAUCGUCGCCGUCGUCAAAGGCCUCGAACGCGGCGCUGAGCUCGUUCGGCCGCGAGAGCCCGCCGAGCAGAUCCGACAGCGUGUUGAGGUAUGUGGCGAGGUUGAUGCUCUGCGCGCCGUCCAGGUACGUGGCGAGCGUCGCGGGCGUCGCGGCGAGACCGAGCUGCGACAGCAUGUCGGCGACGUCGGCGGCGUUGACGUGGCCGUCGUCGUCGCGGUCCAUGACGCUGAACGACUCGCGCAUGCUGUGGAGAAGCGGCGGCGGCAGCCUCGAGAGGGCGUCGCUGGUGGUCUGGCGAAUCAUGGCGGGUCGGGCGGGCGCUCUUGUCUCGACGGGGGGGCGCUGGACCGGCCUCGGUUCGAAUGGUCUCGUCUCGACGGGGAGGGCCUUUUCGACAACCUUCUCCAUGGGCUUCACGGGCAAGAGUGCUUCGAUGGCUCGUCCGACGGCCUUCUCCGCCGCCUUCUCCGCGGCCUUUGGGGGCGAGAGUGGGGCCUCGACGACCUUUGCGGGCGAGAGUGGGGCUUCGACGGGCUUCAGCGACCGCAGCUGCGAGGGCGAACUGGGCGCCUCUCCCGCCGUCUUCAGCCACGGCGGCGCGUUCUGCGAGGCGUUGCUGGUCGUGGUCGGGCGCAGCGGCGCCGGCGACAGGGCCUUUGGGGUGCUCGGCUUCAGUGGCGAGCUGGUCGGCGUCGACGGCCGCGCUGUCGACGGCGAGCCCUGGCGGACGGAGCCCGGGCGGCCAAAGGGUGACUGGCGCGACCCGCGCGCGCUGUUGAAGAAGAGUGGCGACGGCUUCGCGUCUGUGGGAGCCGACAUGAUGUUGUGUCGCUGGCCGUCGUCGAUGGGCGUUGCACGGGCGGCGGGCUGCUCGAUGCGGCGAGAGUGCAGCGUGUUGACGUUCGCGCCUUCCCCAGCAACCGGCGCGCCAGCCGUGUUGAGUGUCGACCUCCGCGCCAGACCAACGCCGGAACGCUACCCCUGUGUGGGGCCUCUAGCGCGACCGAGGGCAGAUCCACGCCAUGCGCGCGACGGCGGCAUCGUGGAGAAGAUGGAAACACACAUGGCUGACGUGAUGGCUCCGAGACCCGGCGGCCUCCAGCGCCAGCCCUCGUUCUCGUCGUUCCCGUCGUUCCCCCCCGCGCGCUCGCCGUCGGUCUCGGUGCGCAACGACCCCAGGAAAGCGCGAUCCCCGCAGCCGCAGAUGGUCCCCGAGGCCGACGACGGCGACGGACAGGGCGCCGCCUCGUCGCGCACCUCGGCCCACUCGCACGCCGCCGCCGCCACCGCCGCCACCGCCGCCGCCGCCACCAUGAGCCGACUGCGCUCGCAGUACCCCGCCGACGCCGUCGAGCGCCAUGUCGAGUACAUCCUGGUCGCCUCGUUCGACAUUGACCGCGGAUCCGUCAUGGAGAACCAGUACCCGGCCGCCAUCAGCGGCGAUGAGACGACGCUGGCCGAGCUCAUGCUGCCGGACCAGGUCCACUCGCGCGCCCAGGACUGGACCAUUUUCUUCCUCCACAAGGACACCACCACCGAAGAGGAGGAGAAGGAGGCCCGGAGAGAGCGCAGGCGCAAGCGCCGGCGGCGAAAAGAGGGGCAAGACGACGGCGAGGCGGGCGCUGCGCCAGACGCCGACGUCGAUGGUGAGGAUGAUGACGACGACGGCGACGAUGGCGACGACGACGACGACGACGACACAGAGGCCACCGAGGAAGAGAGCGAUCCCGAUGGCCCGCCGCUCGUCUACGUCCUGAACCUCGUCAACACCAAGCAGGACAACACGGUCAAGCGCGGCGCUGUGGUGAAAGCCAUGGCCAUCUGCACUCGGCACUCGUUCCUGCACAUCUACAAGCCCCUGCUCCUCUUAGCGCUCGAGGAGUACUUUCGUCACCCUGUCAUCGAGACGCUGGCCUCGCUCUAUAAUGCCCUCAACGCCAUGGACCUGUCGUUGCUGCCUAGGCUGUCGACCCUGGAGAGCUUCGUGCUGCAUGCCACCGACGCCAAGGACAUGUUUGUCGAAAAGUUCGAGCGCAUCAUCCGCCAGCAAAAGGCCGCCGACGCCGAGGGCGCCUCGCUAUCGUCGACCGACUCACACCCCAAGCGGAUUGCGUACAUACCCCCACGCGACACGCACGAGUUCGAGUCCAAGAUCAACUACAACGGCAUCCCCGUGCCUGUCAAAGUCCCGUCUGCGCUCAGCCCGGAGACAGUGGGCGACUUCUCCCUCAUCAAGCUCAUCCAAACCUUCUCCACCCCCCACGCCACACAGCCGCAGCCGUUCGCCCUCCACCCACACCUCACAACAAGCGGCGCCUACACCCAUCCCAUCAUCGUCCUCGUCAACGCGCUCCUCACCCAGAAGCGCAUCAUCUUCAUCGGCCACAACCGGCCGUCCAGCGAAGUCGCCGAAGCAGUGCUCGCAGCAUGUGCGCUGGCAUCCGGCGGUGUCCUGCGCGGCUUUGUCCGCCACGCCUUCCCCUACACCGAUCUGACCAAAGUCGACGACCUGCUCAAAGUCCCCGGCUUCAUCGCCGGUGUCACCAACCCGACCUUCUCCUUCAAGCCAGAAUGGUGGGACGUCCUCUGCGACCUGCCUACCGGCCGCAUGAAGAUCAGCAACCGCAUCGAAGCCGCCUCGCCCACUGACGGAUCGCUCUAUUUCCAGCAACACGGCAUCCCCGUCAGCGGCCCCGGCAGCGCCAUGGCCUCGGAGAAACAAGGCGGCGUCGACACGACCGGCGACAACGCCUUCAUGGAGAGCAUGCUCCAGGCCAUUGCCAACCGCCACGGCGAAAACGCCAUUCGAGCCAAGUGGCGCUCCUGGGUCUUGAAGUUCACCCGCAUCGCUGCCGCGUUCGAAGAGACGGUCUACGGUGCCUCGGCCCUAUACAUCGGCUCGCACGAGACCGACGCCGGCGCGUACGGGGUGUCUGGACACGGAUACGUCUGGCCAGACGAGCACUCUCGGCUGCGCGAACUCGCCGCCAACGUCCACAGGAUCGAAGGCUGGCGCAGCACACGGAGCUACUACAGCUGCGUCCAGGACCUCGCGCGGCACUGGAACAGACGCCCCGUCCGCGGCAUCGACCUACACCACCAACACGACAAACUGCGCUGCUUGAAGCUCACCCACGACCAAUCCGCCGCCAUCUACCUCGCCCUCGCGCGCUGCGUCGAAGAAGCCGGAUCGCCCGCCGCCAGCGCCUCCGGCUCCGACGCCGACCUGCCCAACGCUGUGCAGCACCUCACGCUGGCCAACGACCCGGACCGCCACCCGGGCGCGAAGCUGCAGUACGACACCAUUCUGCAGCUGCUGUGUGUGAUCCCGGAGACCAACACAGGGCUCUUUUAUCUCAGCUUGGGCCUGUUUCAUCCCAGGCAGGAUGUGAGAAUGGCCGUGGUGAAGCUGCUCGAGAGGAUCAUGGAUCAUCCCGCUGGACGGUACUUUUGGGGCAGCUUGGGCAGGUUUGCCAAGCUGGCGUUUUUCAGGGUUAAGAGGGAGGAGGGGGGACCGCCAAAGUGA